AUGCGCGGAGAAAUAGGAAUGAUGCGUACUCUUGUUUGUCGCGUCGCUCUGUGUGUGGUUGCUCUUACAAUUUUGGCGGCGCCACUUGUGGCGGGGCAGGUGGAGUUGCGGGACACCCCUGUGGCGCCUAACUUGCUUGAGCCGAUGGACCCUACCUCGCAGCAGUACCUUAUCGGCGUCGUCAGCUUCUUUGUUUUCAUUGUGGCGGCGUUCCUGGGUGUACGCGCGUUGAUGAAUGUGGACUACAGUGAUGACACGCUUCUCAUGGUGGAGGUGGCGGAGACGGCAAACGAUAAGUGA